CCCUCACCCUGACCCAACCCUUUUAAAUAGCACAUAACCCUCGUUUCCUUCACCAAACCACUCUCUAAUCCUUUUCAAAACACUCUCUUAUUACUUCUCCCAAUUUUCUUUUACUAUUAUCAUGGCAUCUGACAAGAAGAUUAAGAUCGGUAUCAAUGGAUUUGGAAGGAUUGGACGAUUGGUUGCCAGGGUUGCUCUUCAGAGAAACGAUGUUGAGCUCGUUGCUAUCAACGAUCCUUUCAUUACCACUGAUUACAUGUCUUACAUGUUCAAGUACGACACCGUUCAUGGGCAGUGGAAGCACUUUGAUGUCAAGGUGAAGGACUCUAAGACCCUUCUUUUUGGUGACAAGGCUGUUACUGUUUUUGGAACCAGGAACCCUGAGGAGAUCCCAUGGGGUGAGGUUGGUGCUGAUUUUGUUGUUGAGUCAACUGGUGUGUUCACUGACAAGGAUAAAGCUGCUGCUCACUUGAAGGGUGGUGCCAAGAAGGUUGUAAUUUCAGCCCCAAGCAAGGAUGCACCCAUGUUUGUUGUCGGAGUUAACGAGAAGGAGUACAAGCCAGAGCUUGACAUUGUUUCCAAUGCCAGCUGCACUACUAAUUGCCUUGCUCCCCUUGCCAAGGUUAUCAAUGACCGAUUCGGAAUUGUAGAGGGUCUUAUGACCACUGUUCACGCCAUCACAGCUACUCAGAAGACUGUUGAUGGUCCAUCAAGCAAGGACUGGAGGGGUGGGAGAGCUGCCUCUUUCAACAUCAUUCCAAGCAGUACUGGAGCUGCUAAGGCUGUGGGGAAAGUUCUUCCUUCCCUGAAUGGUAAAUUGACUGGAAUGUCUUUCCGGGUUCCAACUGUUGAUGUUUCAGUCGUUGACCUCACUGUCCGGCUAGAGAAGGCUGCAUCCUAUGAGCAGAUCAAAGCUGCCAUCAUGGAGGAAUCCGAGGGCAAAUUGAAGGGGAUUUUGGGUUAUAUUGAAGAAGAUGUGGUGUCUACUGACUUUGUUGGUGAUAGCAGGUCAAGCAUUUUCGAUGCUAAGGCUGGAAUUUCUUUGAAUGACAACUUUGUAAAACUUGUUUCGUGGUAUGACAACGAAUGGGGUUACAGUACCCGUGUGGUUGAUUUGAUUGUCCAUAUCGCAUCUGUGGCUUGAGUUGAGACUGAACUUUGGAUGGCAUAUCGUUAGAUCGUUCUAAGUCUUUUUACUAAUAUUUUGUUUGAAUUCAGAAGUUUAUGAAUAAAAACUUAUGUUAUCGUGAGUGAUAUCAUUGAAACAUUAAGUGCCCAUAUUUUUACUUGUCCUUCAAGUAAGUAGUCCCCCUUUGGUGAAAUUUUGCAUCUCUUAAUUAAGAGAUGGAUGACUUGUACUUCAUUUUCACCCUCAAUUCCAAUAUAAGCAAAAUUUUGUUUUCCA